UGAAGAUGGAGAUGAAGAAGCUGCUCUUUCAGUACAGUACUCCUUUUCCGAGCUCAAUUUCGAAAUGUAUCUGGAAUUUCAACAGCAAAGCUAGGGUUCUAUUCUUUUCCAAUGAAGCAAAAACACUUGAUUCGUUUUUUCCUCCACCAACGGAUGACGGUCUGUUCGAUCGGCUCAUGGCAGUGGAGAGGAACAGGGCUUCAAUCGUGCCCAUAUUAGAGCAGUGGGUUGGGGAAGAUCGCCCAAUCAAGCUUGACAAUCUUCGAUAUAUCAUCAAAGGACUCCGUAAACAUAGACGCUCCAAACAUGCCCUCCAGAUUUUUGAAUGGAUUGAUGUGUCAAAACGCCUUCAACUAUCGCCCAGGGAUAUUGCAGUAAGAGUGGAUCUUAUACAAAAAACCCGUGGUCUAGAAGCGGCUGAGAAGUAUUUUUAUAGCAUUCCCAUCCAUUUGAGAGCUGAUAAGGUGUAUGCUGCUCUUUUGAACUGCUAUGCUCAUAGAAAAUCGGUGGAAAAAGCAGAAUGUGUCUUGCAGAAGCUGAGAAAGGAGUUUGGUUAUGUUCAUUGUCUGGCGUUCAAUGUUAUGUUGAAUCUGUACUCCAAGGUGGGAAAAUUUGAGGAGCUACACUCUCUAGCGCAAGAGAUGGAAGAAAAACGAGUCAUUGUUGACAAAUUCUUCUACACCAUCCGUUUAAAUGCAUAUGCAACUGCUCGUGAUGUGGAUGGGAUGGAAAUGCUUUUGAAGAAGAUGGAAGCAAAUCCCAUGAUGGUUGCUGAUUCGGUUGUUUGUUACACAAUAGUUGCCAAUGCGUACAUUAGAGCUGGUGAUUUCGAAAAGGCUUUGGCAGCAGCGAAGAAAUGUGAACAUCUAACUAGGCGCCAGAGGACUGAGAGGGAAUACGAGUGUCUACUUACUCUCUAUGGUAGUAUGGGAAGGAAAGGUGAUGUGUACCGUAUUUGGAAUGAGUACAAGGGAGUGGGAAAAUUGCGGAAUAAUGGUUAUCUCUCUAUGAUUAGUGCACUAGAAAAGCUUGACGAUCUUGAUGCGAUGGAGAAAAUAGUGGAGGAAUGGGAAUCCCACAAGACAUCCUUUGACAUCCGAUUCCCAAAUUUCCUCGUGUAUGUUUACUGCAAGAAGGGUAAUUUGAGAAAAGCUGAGGCGAUUAUAGAGAGAAUCAUCAAGAGUGGGCAGAAAGCCAGUGCAGGCACUUGGAGUCGCAUGGCAUGUGGAUAUUGCGAAAACAAGCAGAUGGAUAAGGCAGUGCAAGCGUUGAAGAAAACAAUCUUAGCAGCUCAUACACAAGCUAACCUUCCGCUGCACCUAUUGGCUUCUUGCCUGACAUAUUUGGAAUCCAAUGGAAAAUUUCAAGCUGCAGAGGAUAUCAUAAAAUUGCUUAAAAAGCGGGUUUUGGUCUCAGAAGAGUUUGAGCAGAGAUUAGAAGAUUACAUCAGAAAAGGAAAAGCAGGGAAACUACGAUAGCAGAUUCAUCCUUAACUCUGACAGAUUCAUCUGAUGAAUUGAUGAAGCUUUAUCUGUGAGCAGUGACCAGUGUCUCUAUGAACCUCAAUCCAUCAAACCUCGGGGCAAACUUAUCAGACCGGGGUGGCACUGCUGCUGUCGAUGAUGAUUUUCCAGUCUUCUUCCCGGUACCAUCAUCACUCUGAUCAAAUAAUCCCCACCACCCAGUUACAAUCCAAUAUUUACAAAAGAAAAUACAGCAUACUGAAAAGAAUAUAGCCUUGUCAUUUAGGAAAGAAGUAGAGAAGUGUUACCGUGUGAAAGGUAUGGGCUUUGGAUGAAGCAGAGGAGAGAGCAGCAGCGGAGGCUGCGGCCAUGGAAGCUGCGGUGAGGCUUGUUUUCUUCAUGUUUUUGGAAAUUUCAGUUUUUUCUUUAAGAACACAGUUUUUGUUUUGUUGGAGGAAGUGAGAGAAAGUGCAGUGGAAAGUGGGAAAAUGGGGAGGGAGUUGGUGUAGAAAGUAAGUCAAUGUUUGAAUUUAUAAGGUGCAACCAACCCAUUCAUACGCUAAGUAGAUACUCUAGUGGGGCUCGGGACAGAACUUAUGGUGCUCUCAAGUCUCAACGGAAUAAUUGGCAGAACGGUUGGUUGGGUAAUCACAGGAUUUCAAGUUUGAUUUGUUGUAGUAACUAUAUAUUGGCCUUUUUAGUUUGAGUCGCAACA